AUAUUAGUUAUUGUAGUUAGUAGAGAACAGCCAUCCGAAUAGUGAGCAUGCGCUGGUGUUGUUCGUUGAUUUAAUAAUUCUCUUGUUUUCUAAAUAAGUUUUUUUUUCGAUCAGUAGAAUAGGUAAUCGACUCGUAUAGUAAAAAAAAUUUUGAAUGUGAAUAAGGUUAACUUCAGGUGUUGUUUGAAAGUGCAAAAUUAUUUUGUGUAUUCCCGAAACGUAUCUCGUUCAACUCGACAAAGUGUUUCACCAAAAAAAAAAGUUUUUUUUUUGUUGAAACCCAGCACUUACUUUAAGCCAAAAUUGGAUUUAGCAGUUUGCAACAUUUUGAAUAAAUGACUCAGAAAUAUACACAUUGAAAAGAUGACAUCUCGAACCAAUCCGUAUCGUCAUAUUGCAAUAUCAUGCAUGCUGUUGUUGGUAUGGAAACUGUCGAUCAUACCCCAUGUGUCCGGACAAUCGAAUUAUGCAUCGCAUGCUAACAAUAUUGGUUAUCGGGGAGAAGGAUUACCGGAGGAGGCAACAUUAGAUGGAAAAGUUACCAAAUUGGACGACAUCAGUCCAAUUAUUUUCCUAAAUCGCACAAAAGCAGCUCUUAAUUGUGCAGCAGGAUCAAUGGAGAUGGAAAUGAAAUUCAACGAACCGUUUUUCGGUCUUGCUUAUGCUGAUUUUGAUCGAAACAGCGCAUGCCAAAUAUUGGGUAAAGGUGAACUUAGCUAUAAGUUAGAACUUCCACUUAAAGGUUGCGGUACGAAACAGGAACCACAACGUGUAUUUACCAACAAUGUCGUUGUUCGAUUCCAUCCCGGAUUGGAAAUGGAUGGUGACGAAAUAAUCACGAUUGUUUGUCGAUAUCCUCCACCACAAGCCCCACCUCCAUCACCUAUCAUCAUCCCCGAUCCGCUGCGUGUGAUUACUGAUACUGCCGGAUUUGCGCCACCAUUGAAGGGAAUUCAAAUUCUGUUGAUAAUUUGUGGAAUUAUGUUCCUCACUUUACUGCUAUUAGGUUUAGGAGUCUCAUAUUACUGCCUCAGACGUCGAACCAUACCGGUUGUGCGUCGAUUGCCAAUGUCGAUGGGAAGUGGAUCCGAAAUUACCAAGCUAAGUGGAAGCAGUUUAGGAAACAUAUCCCAAUUCGAAGGACUGAAAAUCCCCAGAGCCCAUCACGCACCAUUGGCUGCUGUACAUAGUUCAUCUGGAAGCGAUGGUCCACUGAUUUCGGAUACACUACCAUCCGACUAUCCAAGUGAAUCUCAUUCAGAAACUGAAGAUGUCGAUACUCGAUCUCUACCGGUCAGUUCAGCUGGUAGUUUCGACAAUCGUGCCUACGUGCACGACAACUCGAGCAUUUACAGCGAACAUUAUGGACAUACUCAAGAGUUCCAUACAGCUAACGCUGCAAUGAUCGCCGUUAAGGAACCAUCACCCAAAUUUGAUGUUCAAGUCCGAGUCAAGAGAGCACCACCUCCACCUCCAUCGCCUCCGUCGUCUGACACGGAAAGCACAACUACAAGCAUACGAGAUCGAAAUAAUCUGUCAACCAUCAUGGAAUCUCAUGAAGAUCGUGAAAGUGUUGUUACCAUCGAAUCCAUGCCACAUGAUACUGCCCAAAGUCACUUCACUUAUGUACCAGAAUUGCAUCCUGCGCCAAAACAUGUACAACCUCCACCAGUGUUUACUAGAAUUUUAAGAAGACAACAGGAACAACGACAAAAACAAUCUUGGCCAGAAGAUCUUGCUGAUGGUCCACCGGACUCAUACACUACAGCUGUUGAAAUUGAAACAGUUGAACCGUUGAAUGAACCACCAAUUGUGGUUAAACGACCCGAAAUUACAUCACACGUUGUCGAUGAUGUUUUCCUGCGCACAAUAACUGAGAAGAAGACAAUCGAAGAUAUUGAAAAAUAUAAACGAAUGGUCACCGAAUACAAAGCUCGACCGAUUGUCGAUCAAACUUGGGACGUUACCAUCAGAAACUAUCCAACCGAAGGCAAUAACCAGCCACAAUGGGAAGAUUUCUCUGACAUAUCCAGUGCUUCUGGUAUGACAUUGACUCCAAAAAUGGAGCGAAGCGAAUUUUCAAUUCCACCACCGACGUACAUCAACGAGAGUGGAUUGAAACUAACGAGUCCGGAAUUGGUUGGCAACAUGAAGCCAAUUGAACUUCCGCCAGAAGAUAAGUCGGUGGCCAAUUGGGAUGUGUUAAUUAGAGUUCUGGAACAGGAAGAGGAAGCCAUCGCCGAUGAUGUUAGCUCCGAGCAUUCGUCCCACUUUUUGCAACGCCAAUUGAGCUACGAUGACAAGGCAAAAUGGAAGGAGAUUAUUACCACAGAAUCCACACUCAGAUCAAUGUUAACAGAAGCUGUGGUUCGCGAAGAUUUCGAACGCAUCCGAAGUGACACUCGCUACGAACGAAUCUUCGAACCGCAAACAUGGGAUGUUCUGAUUCGAAUCUUAGCACCACCCGAAGAAGAGAUCGAACUACGUGCACCAAACAAACGAAACAAGAAAAAGGAACCAUGGGACACACGGUCACGCCGCAGUUCAUUACCAACACUUUACGAAUACGACAGUGAUGGUGGCUCAUCCGUUCGCACAAUCACAUACGAUGCCGCCGAUCGUCCAAGUCAGUCACUUCAUCCACAGUCGCGCAGAACAUCACGUUCGUCGUACCGGUCCGAUAAUGUGGACAUGCGCUCAAUGUCAGAAGUGAUGGUUAAUUUCUCACGACCAGAUCACUUGGACAACACUUCCGAUGCCAGUUCUAUUUAUCCCAAUCGGUAUUACGAGGAAGACUAUGACCGACGAUCGAUCCAGCGAUCAUUGAGUCAGCCAAGCUUAGCCAGAUCUGCGAGUGAAUUCACAGAACGAUGGGUUGCGCCAGAUAACACAUCCGAAAUAUCGUCACCCGAAGGUACACCAGUUGCUACAAGGACGAAUCGUGUUUUGACAACAUUCCAGCCGCGUCCCCAACCACCCCCAGUACCUCGACGAAUUGUUACCGCUGAAACGCAAUACGUACAACAGAGUUCGUCAUCGUUCCAAGCAUCCGGCACCACCACAUCACCACCAAAAGAGUGGUAUUCAUCGACGCAAAAGUGAUGUGGAUGAUAAUAUUUUGAAAACAGUUAAAAAUGCUGCCACUAAAACACGUUAUUUUUUAUAUUAUUAACUUCAUGUGCCAAUAAUCGAAAACAAUUUUAAUUAUUUUAAUUUUGAUUCAAUCGAUUUCGAUCGCAUUAUUGUUUCGACAUAAUAUUUAGUUUAUUACCGUACAUACCAGAUGAAUAAACAUUCCAUUUCGAUGUGACACACGUUACUGACCAUCCCAGUGAAGGAAUUUUUUGUGUGUUUUAAUAAUUGAGUUAACCAACAGUCAUUUGACGGGCCAUUCAUAGAUUCAAUCACUCUAUUUUCAAAAGCGAAAUCUCGUAAUUUGUAAAUUUGUAAAUUCGUAGCCUACAUUUGGGCGAAAAAAUCUGCAAAGGUUUCUCCAAGUGGAAUAACUUAUCACCCACGAACCAAUUUUCCCUUUAAAUGUCACACAUCUUUGCGUGCUUUAAUGGUUUUACUUUUUCAAAAAAAGAUUUUGGUUCAGAGGAAUCAUCAAACAACAAAUAUUGUUUCGCCUAAAAAUAGGCUACAAAUUUGCAAAUUGUACAUUGCUCUUAUUCUUAAUGUGGAGCCUCUGGACAUAUAUUGUUAUAUGAUCCAAUGCAGACCCGAACUGGUCGUAUUGGGCUACUGUACACCGCUCGGUGAGCUUUUUUAACUUUUGUUGUAAAGAAAAAAUCACAUCGCCUGGUGGACCUUUUGGUAGCCAGUCCAACCCUGAUCUGAUUGCAUUACAUCCAGCCCAAAGGAUUUAAUUUACACAUUCCAUUUUUACAAAGUGAAAGUACACGAGUACCCGAAUCAUUUCAGGUGAAAAUGUCUCUGAUAAUAACUAGCAACUAGCAAACAUAGCAACGCGAAGGAGACCUAAUUCAGAUUGUAUUUGUAUCUACUGUCAAACUUGAAGGAAGAAAAACACGAACAUUUUGAUUUAGGUCUCUUUUGCAAUGUUAUGUGUAGCUAGAGUAACCCAAUUCGUCGUUUGUUAUAUUGUCAAACUUGACAGAAGAACGAGAGAAUGGUUUGUCUCUUUCUGCUAUGUAUAGAGACAGUAUGACUUAUCUACCCAGACUAGGCACUUUUUUUGUAUGAAAUAUUUGGUCCCGACACUAGAGACCGACACCUACAAUGUGUAAGAUACAAUUUCGUCACCAAUGCAUUCAAAGCAAUGUUACCUUCAUUGAUUGGUCCUGGGGUAAUGGCAAAUAGUUUGCUAGAGGUUUUACUCAGGUGAAUAAAAACUGCCUUACUCUAGCUUCACAUAGCGACACGACAUGAUACCUAAUUCAAAUUUUUCUUUUUCUUCUCCUGUCAAAUUUGACAGCAUAACCAAAGAAAAAUUUUACUUGGGCCCGUCGCUAUGCAAAGAUAAAGCUACACGGUUUUAAAAGGGCGAACAAAUUAUUUUAAAUUUCGAGAAACUUUUAGAAAUUCCAGCGAGGUCAUGCGAGACUUUUGAAUACUUUAAACAAAUUUUCCCUAAAUCAAGAGGAUCACAAGUUUCGGUUGAAUUUAAAUGCAGCGUUAUAUUUUGUAGCGCUAACGAUUUCUAUAGAAUCUAAGUGCUACAAUCAAUUGAAGCUGUGCUGUACUCUAAUGUACCCGAGUUCAGUGUAUUUUUUGCGGAUUUGUAUUUUACAUUCAUUCGCUUGUGUACCUUGGAUCUAUCGGGUAACUACAAUAAGCGAUCAAUUCAUCGUCAAAAAUCUUCAAGCAAAUGUCUUAUUGCUAGUCGAACGUAUUUACAGAUGACAUUAUAAUCGACAGACCAGACACUACAAAAUUAAGCUAUAAACAAACUCUGGCCAGUGAAGUUGAAGAUUUACUUUCGAUCAGUUGAAACCACUUAGGUCGAAAGACAAAAUUGAUAUGGUUGCCGUCUGUGAAAGGUUAAACUCAAUCUGUUACAGUAAGUGAACGUCACAUCAAAGUGUUUAUUGAAAUUUUAAUUUUAAUUAUUAAAAAGGAAAAUUUAGAGAAAAAAAUUGGAUGAGCAAUAAAAUUGUAACAAUUUACUGUGAUAAAUAAUUUCUUUCGGAUUUUCUUUACUAAUCCCGUCAUUUCGGCUCUUAAAACAGUAUAACGGUCAGGGUAUGUUAAAAGUAAAUUAAUUGAAUUAUUUUGAAAAUGUUGAAAGCUAAGUUAGGACAACGACAACAAGAACAACAAAAGUUCGCUGAACAAUUUCAUUAACUCUUCUAACUAUCUAUAGCACUCAAUUUGAUGAAUUUUAACCUAGCUUUCCAUUUUCAACAGAAAUUAAUUAUGGGGAACUAUAUACUAACAGAAAAGAGAUUUAGUUUAUCGAUUAAAUAAUUCCAUUGAAAAUACAUCAAGCUUGAAGUAUUUUUUUUUUUGCUCACUUCUCUGUUUACACCAACGAGACUUACACAAAUAAAACUUUUAUUUUCGGUUGGAAAAACCAUAAAUCCAGAAAAAGUUUCCCAGAAAAUGAACAGAAACAAACGUCACGUACUAUGCGCUUUUGAGAAUGGAGAUUUUGAUGUUUUUCCUUCGAUAUUUUUUAUUUUAGAUUUAAUCAAACAUUCCGUUGUUAAUUGAACGCGAAAUAAACUUAAGAUUGAGAGCAGAUUGCGGGAGAUUGUAGAGUUUGCAUUAAUUACCAGACGUUUCUCCGGGCGAGACCAAUUCAAACUUAGAUAAACUAUAAGACUCGCACACCAUCUAGGGAAGAUAAUUCCGAUCAUGGAAGAGAAUUUCCAUCGUCUCGUGUUUUUAUCGUUAUUCCAUUUCUUCAUGCAAACAUGCCCUCUCUUAUCGACGGUUUUACUCACAAUGCCAAGACUGACGACCUCUUCAAACAUCAUCUUUACGGUACACAUUUUCAAAGAAUGGAUCUACUAAAUCCACAUUCAUUUUUCAUUCAAAAGACUGAAUGAAUGUGUGCUCUCGUACUCGAAGCGAUUAUAUGUGACGAUAAAAGUUUUUGUAUUUGCGAAUUAUGGGUACGGUGAAUGGAAUAGGAGCGAUUCACCUUUCUGUGGGAAAGCUUCGUUUACUUGUGUGAGUCUCUAUUCGGGUAUAAUCGAAAGAACAUUUUGCAGUUUACCAAGAAAAAUAUCGGCAAUCAGUACUAAAAUCCACUCACAUUUAGAUUGUACAUUCCAAUAAUGCAACUAACAAAUUAACGUUUAAACUUAUGAAACGCGAAAGACAAUACUGUAUGAGCGUCGACGAAUAAUCCAAUUAAAUGUGUUUGAUGUCGACGAUAAAAUUAUUAAAAUCGAAAAGAUUUUUAUUUUAAAGUCAUUGUAACGUUAAGAACAGUGAUUGUAACUAAAUAUUUUAAGAGAUUUAAAUAAAGAGCUUCAAUUAAUAAUUAAA